AUGUUCCUGUACACUAUCUUCUUGCUAUUCGUUGCCAUCCUCGUCGCUGGCGACUUCAUACCCACCGCUCCAGGUCCUGGUGACUCUUAUGCAGCUGGUGGUCACUGUGUAAUUAAGUGGGAUGCGGGUGACUGGAAGAACAUGACGAUAAUGUUGAUGUCGGGCUCCAAUACUGAUAUGCAUUUAGUCACUAUUGUUGCUUCUGGUCUAGAUGGUAGUGACCCCUCUCUCUCGCCUUUCAACUGGACCUGCCCAGAGGUCUCUCCCAACUCAGUCAUCUACUUUUAUCAAUUCGUACACGGCAGUGACAUUCAGGACUUGAGAUGGACAACGCGUUUCCUUAUUACUUCUCCAUCGGGCGCUCAUACUUUACCGGAACACGCCUCGCAGCCAAACGGUGACCAGAUCCCUUGGGGUAUCGGCAAGCUGUCCGCCUCUAGUUCGAACCCUUCAUAUACUGCGACUUCAAGCUCAGAUUCUUCAAACAUGAAGGUUAAUGCCAACGAAGAUAACUUUGCUGGACUUCCCUCGCCUUCAAAAAUGAGUAACUCUGGUGCGCCUGAAAGACAAGCCACUCCAAUCCUCGCUCUCCCUCCGGAUCCCGGUGCUUCUGGUGCCGCUUUAGCUUACGGUUCUAGGGGUUUCAAUUCUGGUAUUCGUUCAGUUGAGAAACGGCCAAGCUGGUUUCCGUCUCUGAGUGCGGUACUUGUCCUCUCUGCUAUUUCAUGGUUAGUGUAG